GAUUCGUGUCCCACUGUGCAUCUUUGACUCCCGGUCGUUUUUCUUUUAGCAAUAUGGACAAGAUGCUGAAGAAGCUGUUUUCUUCUGACGAGGAAGAGCUUUAUGUUUUGGAUUGUUUAUCAUACGUUAUGAUGUCAAUGGCAUGUGUAACGUUUGUAGUGUUGCUCUUUGAGAACGUGCCUUAUGGUAGGUACGCAUCUAGUAAAUAUGGGUUUCAUGUUAGUGUCAGACUUUCGUGGUUAAUUCAAGAACUGCCUGCUUUUCUCGUACCACUGAGUUUGGUGCUAUGGGCUUCAUCAUCGAGGGCAAUGUACCUACCUAACCAGCUACUCCUUGGCAUGUAUUUUUGCCAUUAUUUCCAAAGAACUUUCAUAUACCCGUUUUUAAUCAGAGGAGGGAAACCCACUCCAUUUGGGUCAUUUGCUCUGGCAUUUGCUUUCUGCACCUGUAAUGGGUAUCUGCAGGCAAGGUACCUGAGCCACUAUGCAGAGUUUCCCCCUGGUUGGGUUACCCACCCCUACUUCAUCACAGGGUCAUGCCUAUGGUUCCUUGGAUGGGUAAUUAACAUUCAUUCUGACCAUAUACUAAGGAACCUCCGUGCGCCAGGAGAAACUGGCUACAACAUACCGAGAGGUGGCUUGUUUGAGUAUGUGUCUGGUGCGAACUUUCUCGGGGAGAUCAUAGAAUGGGCUGGAUUCGCACUUGCUGUUCACUCAAUCCACAGUGCAGCUUUUGCACUCUUCACCUCCAUCAUUCUGUCUAGCAGAGCAGUAGCUCACCACAAGUGGUAUCUCGUGAAAUUUGAGGAUUACCCCAAACACAGGAAAGCUUUAAUUCCAUUUGUGUUUUGAUCAUGAUCAAUCCACAACAUUGUCUUUGCUGUUACAUGUAAUAACAUGAAAGCAAUAUUGUUGACAUGUUCAUUUUAUUAUGUGAUGAAUUUAGCAAAACAAAACCAACUUUGUCAUAAGGUCAUGUCCAGUAAAUAUUCUCAGUGAGCUGGUUUCUUCAGCACAAGAUUGCAUCUGUUUGUGGACUAACACUAUCAACACUGCAAAUCAUACCACCACUAAACUUAAAGUGUUUAGAGGAAAUAUGCAAGAGUGAAUAAGGUGCAUAAUGGAUAAUGACUACUGAAGACCUGCUGGUUUGGAACAACCCAAAGAGUCAAAGAUUUAAUAAUAUAUUUAAAAUCCAAUUAUAGAAACUACUAUUGAUGCCUUUUGGCCAACCAUUAUCCUCAAAAGUUAAUUUAAGAAGUUUAAACAAUGUUGGAAAACCUCUAUCAUUUUCUUUGUACAAACUCUCUUUUAGUUUAAAAGUUUUAAUUCUUGUAGCAUGUACAGUAUUCAAA